AGUUGGCAUACGCAGCCAAAUAGCUUACGUUACAAUUAUACAUUUUCCGUCAAAACAUAAAUCAUGUGUGGUGGUUCUAUAAUCUCCGAUUACAUAGACCCUAGCCGGACUUCUCGCCGGCUAACCGCCGAGUUGCUAUGGGGUCGUUUCGAUCUCGGUAAGAAGCAAAAAAAUCCCAACAAUUAUCACUCUAAAGCUAAGCAUUUGCGAUCUGAAGUUGUUGACGACUUUGAAGCCGAUUUUCAGGACUUCAAAGAGUUAUCCGAUGAUGAGGAUGUUCAAGUCGAUGUCAAGCCAUUUGCCUUCUCUGCUUCCAAACACUCUACUGGUUCCAAAUCUUUGAAAACUGUUGAUUCAAACAAGGAUGCUGCUGCUGAUAAAUCCUCUAAGAGAAAGAGGAAGAAUCAGUAUAGAGGGAUCAGACAGAGACCUUGGGGUAAGUGGGCAGCUGAAAUACGUGACCCAAGGAAAGGGGUUCGGGUCUGGCUGGGAACCUUCAAUACUGCAGAAGAAGCUGCCAAAGCUUAUGAUAUUGAGGCGAGGAGGAUCAGAGGCAAGAAGGCUAAGGUAAACUUUCCUGAUGAAGCUCCCGCCCCUGCAUCAAGACACGCUGUUAAGGUGAAUCCUCAGAAGGUCCUUCCUGAGGAGAGCUUGAAUUCAUUUCAGUCCGACUCAGCAAUCAUGAACAGCGUGGAGGAUGACCAUUAUGAUUCUUUUGGAUUUUUUGAAGAGAAACCCAUGACAAAACAGUAUGGAUAUGAAAAUGGGAGCAGUGCUUCUGCAGAUACGGGAUUUGGUUCGUUUGUCCCUUCAGCUGGUGGUGAUAUCUACUUCAACUCUGAUGUAGGAAGCAACUCUUUUGAAUGCUCUGAUUUUGGUUGGGGAGAGCCAUGCUCCAGGACUCCAGAGAUAUCAUCUGUUCUGUCAGCUGCUAUUGAAUGUAAUGAAGCUCAAUUUGUUGAAGAUGCCAAUCCUCAGAAAAAGCUGAAAUCAUGCACCAACAAUCCCGUAGCUGAUGAUGGAAACACCGUUACUAUGGUACCUGAAGAGCUUCCAGCUUUUGAACCUCAGAUGAAUUUCUUUCAUCUCCCAUAUAUGGAGGGAAAUUGGGAUGCAUCAGGUGGUAACUUCCUCAACACAAGUGCAACUCAAAAUGGUGGUGAAAAUGCUAUGGACCUGUGGUCCUUUGAUGAUGUUCCUUCUUUAAUGGGAGGUAUCUUUUAAGUCAACAUGCCUUAAGUUUUGUAAAUAAGGCUUCAUGUGUGUCUGGUGGUGGAAGAAGAAUGAUCCACAGAGAACCAUGAUUAAGCCAUGGAUAAUGCACUAAAUAGAGCAGUGCAUAGGUAAUUAGGUUUAAUUAACUACUAGUAGAGAUGUUAAAUUCGAGUUUUACUUAAAAACAAUUGGGCUGUAUGGAUUAUGAGAAUUGAUGAGACCUCGAUGCUUGCUAUAACGUUACCUUUUUCGUGUUGCUUCACAUGGAACUAUUCACUCAUUUGCAGACAGACACUAAUAAAUAAUAGUACUGCAACUUGUCAGA